AUGCUCAGCUCGGUGCCGACCGAGCUGCAAGGCUACGAGACGCUGCUUUCGGCCCUAGGGGUGCCGAAGGAGUUCAGCCCGGACAAUUUCGUGCAGGUUUUGUGUGGCAUGGAGGCGCAGUCCAGGGGAAGGCCACUAGACUCGGAUACCCUCGCCACAGCCGUAGCUAGGUCCCGAGGAUCGGGCGAGCAUCAAGCCGGAGUCGGUGUUGCUGCCAGACAAGGCGGGGCCCUUCCUCUUGCCCGCCUCGAGCCUGGUCUACGACGACGCCCCGCGGCGAAAUCGCUGGGAGUUCGAGGUCUGAGAGAGGCGUUUCUCUCUAGCCAGGGCGGCACUCAGUCCAUGCCCUGCCCGAUCGCCCGAGAAAUCGGCGAGCUCCUGAACCUUUCUCCCGGUAACGCCGCCGCCGCCGCCGCUGCCGGUGCCACGACCGAUGCCGCCGGGAGCGGCGGCAAGGUUAGCGGUGCCGGCUCCAGUACGAAGAGCCGCUCGCCGCCCGGAAGCCGGUGGCUGCACGACGUGCUCGAGGUGGCAGAGACCAUGAAGGCCGAGCGGGUGGAGAUCAUCCUUGACGAAAAGGAGUACGAGGAGCAGAGUCUUCUCCACCCAGCCCUUGCGGACAUCCAGGGGCCCUCGGUCUGCGUUGUUCUGCCGGGGACAGUGGUCACCGACAAGCAGCUCACGAUGAUGCUGUCGAGCCCAGUGAAACCCGCAGGAGGCGUGGCCGGCGACCUGGGCGUGGGCGGGGGCAGCAUGGGGAGACCGAGGAUGGGCAACAGCGUGACCGCCCUGUUUGCGCUGACGGACUGCUUGCAGGUCCUGAGCCACGACUCCCUCUUCCUGUUCGACCCUUGCGGGGAGUACCUGUUCUCGGGUGCGGACCCCCCGACGCUACCCUCGGCAGACGGCGGGCCUCCUAGCCAACACACCAAGCAGAGUGGGUCAGCAUCCGCUACUAGUAGUAGCGCCGCCGCUCCCCGCUCCCGACGGUCCUCCUCCUCGUCCUCUCGCGGGUCGUCGCCGUCCUCUUCUUUCUUCGUCAAGAAUAACGCCUCUCCCGGCAGUAGCAACGCCGCCGCCGCCGCCGCCGCCGCCGGUCAGCCGGCCCCGCGGCCCCGCUCCGCCUUCUCGUCGUCUGCGGGAGCGGCGGCUAACAGGCUGCCGGUUACUGGCAUCGGGGGGGGUGGGGGGCGGCACCAUUCGGGGGGGCCUCGGCGGGACCCCAUCGGUCGCAGCUACGUCGUACGGAGGGAGGACGUUCUAAACCAGUUUCCGCACCAGUACGCUCCUUUUCUUGCCCUUUCCGGCGGAAUAAGGGAAACGAUCGGAGAAGGCCUGACGUCUGGACGGGGAUACCACGGGACAGUGUUCCCCAUGAGCUUGAAAACGCGGCCGGGCGAAAUUUCGGGUUCCAAGUGCACUAUCCAUGCCCUGGAGCGCGAGACUAUGCCCCACGCUAAAUCUUAUUCAGAGGGACUUGGUCUACGACACCCCCGCCCCCACCUCAAAAAGCACGGGGUACGUGAGCUGAAGCGCUUCUCAGGCCCAGCAUCGGCGGGGCUGGUCAUGUCCCACCACCUCAAGAGCGUACACGCUUCGGUGCGACGGCGGCGGGCAGGAGGAGGAGGAGGAGGAGGAGGAGGAGGAGGAGGAGGAGGAGGCUCUUCCGACGGUGUGGAGCAACUCUUCUCGUCACGCCUCCGCGGGGUGAACUCCCCCGCUGCCGGGCGCAUGCUCGGCGUGGGCGGCCGCAUGAAGCGGCGCGGUGCCGUCUCCAACACGGAUUGGCGCAAGUCGAGCCUGAACGUGUACAUACGGGGAUUCCCGGCGCCCCGUGGGUGCUACAAGCUCAGCGUGUGCACCUCGUCUUGGAGAGACGAGAGGCGAGACGACGACAAUAAGUUUAACAAGGCAGCAGCAGGAGGUGGAGGGGGUGGGGGGUGGGCGGAAGGGGAGAGAAGCCGCCGUCGCAUGGAGGAAGUGGAGGACAUGUGGGUGCUGUCGUACGUGCUGGCGCCGCCUGAGGCGAGAAAGCUCGCGCUGUCGGCGGAGUUCGAGGGGGAGGGAUUGACGCCACUCAUGACGUGCGCAUCCCUCGUGCACCGAAGCAUCACCGUCGACGGGCAGCGGCGCGCUCAAGAGACGCCUGCCGUCCGGGGAAGAAUCUUUAUCGGCCAGGAUUCUUCCGUUCUCACCGGCCUACCGUUCCACAUCGACGGGCCGUUCUUCGUGUCGAGGAGAGGAGGCAAGGCCUCGUUUGUCAUGGACAGCCUGGAAGACAACAGAGCGAGCUUGCCCCCUCGAGCCCCUCGGGUAGCCCACGGCAAGUGGAACAAGGAGCUCUUCGGGAGCGUGUGCACGGAGCUGGUGCCGGAACACAUGGUGGAUCUCAAGGACGAGCUGAGCGGCCGCGACGCCGGGCUGCUGUACCGCUUCUGGCCCUCGGCCAAGCGCGCCAAGAGGCCGUUCUCGAUCAUGCUCCCGGGUCAGAUGUACCUUCAACUGGGAGAUCUGCCUCUGUACCUUAGCCGCAGCGCCUCGGAGGGUGGCUUCAAGCGCAUGAAGGACGGCUACUUCAAGACCCAGGCCGUCAGCCCGUUGGUGGAAGAGUACAUCCGGCGACACGUCAACCUCUUCUCGGUGCCGCACACGGUCACCGAAGACCUAGCCAGGCAGCCCACGGUCACUGUUAAGAAGAUAACGCCUGCCUCGGUCCGGGAGUUCCUACGCCGGUCCAACGGCGUUUCUUCCCAGGGCGACUUGGGACGGGUGGUCGACUUCUUCGGUGGUGGCGGCGGAGGCGUCGGCAACAACGGCGGUGGCAGGGGAGCCGCUAGCGCUACCGGUGGCGGCGGCAGCGGCGGCGGCGGCGGUCAGCAAAGGUCCGGUGUGGGGCCGGCACCGCCUCCGGACACCGAACUCUUGCUUGAGCUGCUCGAGUUUUGCUUGUCCGACUGCCGCCCCCCCGAGGGGGAACGACCGUCAGGCGUGCCCGCUGGUCGGGCGGGCGUAGAAGCGGAGGCGGGAGCGGCGGCGGGGGCGGGAGGGGGCCAGGAAGAGGUGGACGCUGAGGCGGUGGCGAGGAGCGAGGCUCACGCGGCCAGAUUUGCCUUGGGCCAGUGGCAGUCAGCCAUGGACAAGUGCAAGGUCGUCUGGAAGGAGCUCCAGGGGGUGCCCCUGCUGCCCCUCGCCAACGGCACCGCUGGCAGCUUCCCGACGGCCUUCGCCCUGGCGGGAAGGAAGAGGUUCGUUGUGGGCACGAGGCGGCAGCAGGGGCUGCUGCCCAAGCUCGCGGACCGGUUCGUGCACCUCAAGGCUACCAGGAGGCUGGCCAGGUUCUUCGAGCGAGAUGAUUUCUUGGAGAUGAUGGGCAUCGUGCGUUUCUCCCCGACCCUCCUUGCCGAGAACCUCGAUCAAGUCCUCCCCCGCACCUGGCGGGGGGAGAAGUUCGUGGGCUGGGGGGGGGGCUCGGCGGCUGGGCAGUCGGGGGCCCCCAAGGCCUCCUGGCUCGCGCUCUUCUGGACCGAGGUGUCGCUGCUGGACGUAGCCUCAGUGCCCGGGCUGGGGUCGUGGCCGCUGGUACCCAUUACCACCGGAGAGCUGGUGUCUUGCUCGAUGCUUCAGCAGGUUGUCCGAGCGUGCCCGAGCAUGCUGAACGAGGUCAAGCAGAGGGGCCUUGGGGUUGCCCUGGCUGCCAUGGAGCGUGCGGAGAAGGCUGCAGACGAACGGGAUGAGAACGAGCUCCAGGAGCUCCUGGCCCGUCAGGCACAGGAGGCCGACCCGGGAGGUGAAGAAGGCGACGGCUUGGAGGAAGACGACAACUACGACGACGAGGAUGCCGACGACGACGAGGAUGACGGCCAGGAGGAUGGUCGAGAGACGGCUGCUGCCGGCGGCGGGGUCGGACCGGGCGAUGCCGGUGCCGAGGACGAGCUGGAGUCGGUCCUGGUGACGGUGCUGCGCAGGCUGGGAGUUCCUGUGCUCGAGCUGGCGUUCUUCCCCCAGGAGCAGCGGCCGUGGCUGGUCGUCGGCGACCCGAACGAGGCCUCGAGGGGAGCCCUGGGAGCCAUCCACGCCCUCAAGAGCACCCUCGCCCCGCCGUACCCGAUAUCGGAGGUGUGCGAGGCCAGGAGGGCGGUGGCGGCGGAGGGAGCGGAGGGGGCAGCGAUGGCGGCGAUGGCGGAGAUGAUCGCGAGCGGGGAGGACCACGGGCGCGACGGCAGGGGAAGGAAGCUACGGCUGCGCUGGGGCGCUCUUUCGCCCGAGGACAUGGACGCUCUCCUGCAGCGGCAAUUCCGCCAAGGCACCGGCGGGGACUUGACCUCGUUCAGCCUGCCCUCGGGCACGUCCGACAGGUUGUUGGCCCCCUCCCCUGAGCUGUCCGACCUCAUCCGCGACAUCGGCGUGGAGCAAGUGGAUCACCCGGGAGUGGUAGCUAGGUUCGUCCUGCCUGAGCUUGGCACUGUGCCGCCUGACGACAGGCACAAGCUUCUGCACCACGUCCGCGUGCACUGGGCGGAGCUCAAGGAAAACCAGGACCUCGUGAAUCAGUUCAAGGAGGUGGCGUUUAUCCCUGUGAACGGGGUCCCCACCAAGGCCAGCAAGCUCUUCGACCCCCGCACCUUGGUGCUGAAGGAGAUAUUCGGAGACGAGCCGGACGCCUUCCCCUCAGGAGAGUUCGGAGAGGAGCCCUGGCUCGACGUGCUGGUGGACAUAGGCCUGAAGAACAAGCUGGACAGGGACACCAUCCUGCAGUGCGCCAAGAAGGUGGAGUCCCAACGCACGGAGCCCCUCCCUCCGGCAGUCGCGGAGCGCGCCGCCGUCCUGAUGCGGCACAUCAACAGCUCGGCCGGGGAGGGCGAGCUCUACAACAACGACUUCCUCUCCAAGCUCAGCCGCCUGCGCUUCGUGCCGGCGCACCUGCCCCCCCCCGCGCACGCGCCUGACGACGACGACGACGGUGGGGUUUCCGCUUUUGCGGCGGAGGCCGCGGGGGCAGGGGGGGGGAAGGGCGGGGCGGGGACCGGGGAUGAGUUGUUUUGGUCUCUCCUGAAGAUCCAGAGCCCCCCUCCCCUGGAGGUGGUGCUACGGCACUUGAAGAUCAUCACCGAUAGGCACAGCCAGCUCGACAGGUGGAGGUACCCGCAAACGCCUGUCAAGGUUUUCCAAUCGAUUUUCGAGUUCCUCGACGAGAACUGGUCCAAGCUAAGCCCGGGCGUGACCAAGGGUCUCAAGGAUAGGCCGCUCGUCCCCGUGGGGGCAAGGCUCAUCAAGGCCGGCCGUCUGUUCUUCCGGCUCAAGGAAAACUUGUCGCCGUUCAUGUUCGAGGUACCUCGCGCCUUCGGGGCGUUCGACAGCCUCUUCAACAACCUCGGCACUACGCAGGCGCCAACAGCCAGCGACUACGCCGUCUUCUUGAAGGAGCUCGCUGGGGAGUGCGGUUCUCAGGCCCUUAACCCCAACGAGCUGGGAGCGGUGCUCAAGGUGCUCUCGUUGCUCGCGACCGAGCUGGAAGUCGACGCCACCUACGAGCUCUCUACGGACAUCUACGUGCCCGACGAGAACUCGGAGCUAGUCCCGUGGGGCCUGUGUCUCCACAACGACAGCCCGUCCUUGGCGGGCAGGGUAGACCCCUCCCGGCUGCGCUGCUUGCACCCGAGGGUGUCGCUGGAGGACUGCCGCCGCCUGCGCAUCCCAUCGGUCUCUCAGGUGGUGAAAGAGGAGCUGGAGCUGGGCUUCCAGCCGGAGAUGGUCCAAGGAGAAGACUCCGAGCAGGCGCAGCUAUCCGCCACGCUGUCCUCUCGAGAGCUCAGCCUAGCGGUAGCCGUCCUCGUGAAGAGCUUCUCCCCGGAAGACACCUCCGUCGGCAUCGGCAGCACCGACAACCCUGACGCUAGCGCCAACGCCGGAGGCGGGGCGACAUUCGAGGCCCGGGCGAACGCGGCGGCGGCCAGGCUGGAAGGGUUCUCGGUGGUUUUUGUGAAGGAGCUUAGAAGCAGGUUCUUGAGAACCGGGGAGCGGAAGGACGGGUUCCGAAUGGAGGAGGACAUUACGGCUGUUAACGGGGCCAAGGGAAGCGUGUUCUUUGUGCGGGAGACGAACAAGACCGUUCUCAUUGCUCGAGGAGUACUCCCCGGCGCCUUCCCGCCCUCGUACGCGGUGGCACUGGCCGUGACCAAGCUGGUGUCGCUUCCGCCUGCGGCCGUCGGGCCGCUCUCGGUGCUGCUCGCCACUAAGCCGGAUGGGGUGGAGAGCUGCCUGAGCGUCCUACAAGUCCGCGAGGGGGCGACUGCCGGAGACGAGUUGACGAGAGGACUGCCUGGGGAGCCGCUGACACCGGGAGACAAGACGCUCUUGGAGCUGAAACCCCUCAAGGCCUUCUUGCCCGGGGAGGUGAUAGCAUGGGAAGACAAGAGCGGCGGGGGCAACAGCAACAGCCCCGCUUCGAGCCUAUACGCAUCCACGGAGCCCCCCAACGCGACAACCACUACCAGUAGCGGUGGUGGUGCUGCUGUGGUUCUGCGGUACGGCGUGGUGGUGAUCGGCGGGUCGGCGGAGGCCGGCGAAGGGGGGGGAGACGACGAUGAUGUCCCCGGGGACCAGCGGGGCUCGGGUCGGGUCGGACAGGGGCUCCGCCACGUGCGCGUGAAGCUGACCCCGGGAAGGGUAGACGCGCUGCUCUCCACGCAGAUCUACUCCUUCCGACAGGCCCGUGCCGCGGGGGCGACACCGUCUUCGGGCAUCGUCGCACACGCCGCGAAGAUGCUCCGCAGAAUCGCGGGAGAAGACAAGGAGGGGGGCGUCGAGGAGGGCAAGAGCGGAGGGGGGGGGGUAGGGGGUGGUGGUGGUGGUGGUGGCGGCGGCAGCGGUGUCGUGAGCUCGGCUCAGGUUCUUGACGCCGUGAACGAUAUCCUCGGGAAGGCGGAGCUGUCGCUGUCGACCGAGCAGGGGGCGCGGCUGAAGGAGAGCCUGAGGCACAAAGACGAGGCCCGGGUGGCCCGGGUGGCCUUGGCCAAGACGUCCGCGGAGGCGGACCGGCUGAAGCGAAAGCUGGCGAAGGUGGACAAGGCGUUCGUGUGCUCCAUCUGCUGCACCAAUGACGUCGACGUCAUCUUGGCCCCCUGUGGACACAUGAUGUGUUCCUCCUGCAUGCGGUCGAUUGUGAGGCGCGAGUGCCCGUUCUGCCGCGAGAGGUGGACGGCGACGGCGACAUUCCGCAGGCCGGGAGUGGACGAGGUAUCCGAUGACGAAGACGAGGAAGACGGGGGCCGAUAAAAUGGCUACCAUUUCGACUCCGUGCCACGGUUUUUGGGGAGAGGAGACUGGGCGUGGUUAGAUUAUGCCUUGGCUAUAUUCUGCGGUAGUGGUGCCGGAGGAAGAGCAUCUAGGUGCGGAUCGAUCGCCCAGUUGUCGUACGGCACAUUGCGAAACCCGUGUGCAAGAGGAGCAGAGAGAAAUCACGUGUCCGAGUACAUCUAGGAAAGCGACAAGAAAACAACCAGAAGAGAACAAGAAAACAACCAGAAGAGAACAAGGACGCUUAUGUCCAAACCGAGCGGUAAAACAUUUGUCAGUAUUAUUUAAAACAACAAAAGAGCACGAGGAAGAGGUGAAGAAGCAGCAUGGCAUGACGCCGUUAUGACACAAAGUCAGCCUCUACUCAUGGCUGCAGGCACAGGCAACCUCACGCCUUUUUUCGCGAGGAAAAGUGGGUGGAACAGCAGUGUUGGUUGUUCGUUGUUUGUUGUCGUUGUGUUCGGAAUGGACUGACUUGAGUGCGAUAUUUGACGAUCGCGCAUGGUCAUGGCAACAGCAGUAGCAGCACAAAGCUGGGCGGAAAAGAAUCACUGGGCGUAAGGGAUGGGUGGGGAAGUUGGCCUGGGCGGCGAGACCGUAUAUUAGUCUGUUCACAACGGUGUGACGACGAUGGGCGUGUGUGUAGCGCUUGAAGUGUCGUUGACCCUAGCACACACAGCAGCGACCCCGACAAGCUUCGGCAAUCAAUUGUUGUUGCUUGGUCUUGUUGUUCCGGGGGAGGAGGUUGUUUUUGCUGUAUUGGAGCGAG